AAGAAAGAAAACAAAGUCAAACACUACUUUUUGCGUUUUCUGCGAAGGACAAUAAUACUUUUUUUUUGUUGACUUCACUAAACAAGAAAUACGGAAGCACCUGAACUGCCUUGAAAUCAGACGAUUGUCAAAGAUACAUGAAUAACCAUAAGAUUCAGUGCGUUUUAUCAGCUGUAUUUUUGAAGAGCAUUUACAAUCUAUAAUAGAAUAGAUCGAAAUCUGUCUGUUUAGUGAUCCGAGAAGUACUCUCCACAGCAGGAAACAACGUCAACGAUGAGCUCGCCAAAGUUUCACCCCAUCAAAACAAAUGAACAGUUGGCUGACUAUAUUCCGCAAUGUGGAAAAGUGGAGCUACGAAACCCAAACAUUGCCAACAUGGAGGAAGAUGUACUGUAUCACAUAUCACUUAGUAAUAGAACUCAAGAUCUGAAGGAAAUGUUUAGUGAUGUAAAGUUCGUCUGCUUUGGAGGAUCUCCAACUCGUAUGAAAAAGUUUGCAGAGUUCCUUGUGGAAGAGUUGAAGGUGAAAAUUUCUGCAGGUCAAGCUUUGUAUAACAUUGCUCAAGGCUCAGACAGAUAUGUGCUGUACAAAAUUGGACCAGUGCUCUCAGUUAGUCAUGGAAUGGGCAUUCCGUCUCUUUCCAUCAUUUUCCAUGAGAUUCUCAAGCUAGUCUAUCAUGCCGGUUGCUAUGACGUCAUUUUCUUCCGAAUUGGCACCAGUGGAGGCUUAGGACUUGAAGCUGGCAGUGUCGUGAUUACAGAGGAGGCUGUUGAUGGACUGCUCAGGCCCUACAUGGAAGUUCCAACGCUGGGUAUGAUCCUGCAACAUCCAUCCAAGCUGGACCAAGAGGUUGCCAUGGAGCUGAUGUCGUUGGCUGUCCCUGCCUCUGAUGGCUACAGCACUGUCAUUGGGAAGACAAUGUGCACUACUGACUUCUAUGAAGGCCAGGCAAGGCUGGAUGGAGCCUUCUGUGACUACAAUGAAGAAGACAAGAUGGCGUUCUUGAAACGUGUGUACGCUCGGGGGAUUUGCAACAUUGAGAUGGAGUCUUUGUGUUUUGCUGCUUAUUGCUACAGAGCAGGGAUCCGAGGUGCUGUUGUGUGUACCACUCUGUUGGACCGCCUAAAGGGAGACCAGAUCACCAGUCCUCACAGUGUGAUGGAAGAGUGGCAGGCUCGUCCACAGAAAUUGGUUGCCAGCUUCAUCAAGAAAAGACUUGGCAUUGAGUGAAGAGCAUUUGUUCAGUGAAGGACAGUGAGCACUGUAUCUCAACGUUGCCACAGUAAUUCAUCUUACUCUUUAAUACGUGGCUUUUCUACUCUAAUACAAAAAAAAAGCUUGUCCAAAAACUUUUUAGGUCAAUUAUUCUUUGUUUUAGAUCAUGCUUACAAGCAUGGGUUCUUAAUAAAAGACUGUGAAGAGGAAAUAACCUUCUCCAAAUGAUAAAGAAGUUAAAGGGACAAGAAGUUUUUCUGAAGUCAAUAACUUGAUAAGAGAAAAGCGUGUUGAAUUUUUUCUCAUUUUGAUGUUAUUAUUUCAAUGAUUUGACCAUUUCAUGCACAAAAACGCUUUAAAUGGAUCCCAACUUUUUGUAUCUGACACUUGUCGUCUUUAGUAAUCCAGCAGCAACUUGUGUCUGUUUGUUUGAUACCUCGUGGAAUUAUAAGGUUUUUUUUCAUUAAUAGUUCAUUUAUCAUUUGUUGUAAGUAAUUGUUAAAAUCUUGAUUUAGUACUGCUGACUCGCAAAAA